UUUUCUCUUGCUCUCUCUCUCUCUCAAACACAUAUAUCUGGGUGGCUUCUCCAUCUUUUUUACUGAGUCAACCCGGAGAGUUCGAAUUGUAUCGACUGAAUAGAGAUGGGUUUAUGCAGCUCUUGCGAGGCUACAUCGGUGGCAACGGCUAAGCUGAUAUUAGAAGAUGGGAGACUACAAGAAUUUUCAUACCCAGUUAAAGUCUCGUAUGUGUUACAAAAGAACCCAGCCAGUUUCAUUUGUAACUCGGACGAAAUGGAAUUUGACGACGUCGUCUCAGCCAUUAGCGAUGACGAGGAGCUCCAACCGGGUCAGCUUUACUUUGCUUUGCCUUUGAGUCGGUUGAAACACCCACUACAGGCGGAGGAAAUGGCGGCAUUGGCCGUGAAAGCGAGCUCUGCAUUGACAAAGAGUGGCGGUGAGACAUGUGGGUGUCACCGGAAAAGGUUGUCUACUGUGUUGGUUUCCGGCGAGAGGGCUGUUAGGCAGCCGAGACAAGUGGCCGAUGCCUGUGGUGGUGGCCGUGGUGGAAGGAGACGGGUUUUUGAGGCUUUGUUGAGUGCAAUACCAGAGUAGGGGUGAUUUGGGAAAAAUGCAAAUUGUUGUUAUCUUUGUAAAUAACGG